ACUGGCAAGUUGAUAUCUGCGAGAAUAGACGACGCGUGAUCUCCUCCCCCGCUCCUCUGGGGUCUCCCGGUAGCCUUGGCCAGGGCAAUUGAUCUUAAAGUUGCCCAAGGAGCGCCUGCCGAGCUGGAGGAGGGUGAGGGGAGCUGAGAGGCGCGUACCUGUGUCAGCUCUACUGCUUUGAAAAUUACUAUUACUUUCGUAUUAUUUUGUGCACAUUAUCCGGACUCUCUGGAUUGCUAGCCUCGCGCUAGGCACUGGGCCUCAGGCGCAGCGCGGUUUGAGAGGAGCAGCGAGCUAAAAGAAACCCCCGGCGCCCACGAGCUAGGAGGCGGCGGGGGAAGAUGCGCGGCGUCGGCUGGCAGACGCUGUCCCUGUCGCUGGGGUUAGUGCUGGCGAUCCUGAAGGAGGUGACGCCGCAGGCGUGUCCGGCGCAGUGCUCCUGCUCCGGGAGCACAGUGGACUGUCACGGGCUGGCGCUGCGCAGUGUGCCCAGGAAUAUCCCCCGCAACACGGAGAGACUGGAUUUGAAUGGAAAUAACAUCACACGGAUUACCAAGACAGAUUUUGCUGGUCUUCGACACCUCAGAGUUCUUCAGCUUAUGGAGAAUAAGAUCAGCACCAUUGAAAGAGGAGCGUUCCAGGAUCUCAAAGAACUGGAGAGACUGCGUUUAAACAGAAAUCACCUUCAGCUGUUUCCUGAGUUGCUGUUUCUUGGGACUUCGAAGCUCUACAGGCUUGACCUCAGUGAAAACCAAAUUCAGGCAAUUCCAAGGAAGGCUUUCCGUGGGGCAGUUGAUAUUAAAAAUCUGCAGCUGGAUUACAACCAGAUCAGCUGUAUUGAAGAUGGGGCAUUCCGGGCUCUCCGGGACCUGGAGGUGCUCACUCUCAACAAUAACAACAUCACUAGACUUUCUGUGGCAAGUUUCAACCAUAUGCCUAAACUUCGGACUUUUCGACUCCAUUCGAACAACCUGUAUUGUGACUGCCACCUGGCCUGGCUCUCUGACUGGCUGCGCCAAAGGCCUCGGGUGGGCCUCUACACUCAGUGUAUGGGGCCGUCCCACCUGCGGGGCCAUAAUGUAGCUGAGGUUCAAAAACGGGAGUUUGUCUGCAGUGGUCACCAGUCAUUUAUGGCUCCUUCUUGCAGUGUUCUGCACUGUCCAGCUGCUUGUACCUGCAGCAACAAUAUCGUAGACUGCCGUGGGAAAGGUCUCACUGAGAUCCCCACGAACCUGCCAGAGACCAUCACAGAAAUACGUUUGGAACAGAACUCAAUCAAGGUCAUCCCUCCUGGAGCUUUCUCACCAUAUAAAAAGCUUAGAAGAAUCGACCUGAGCAAUAAUCAGAUCUCUGAGCUUGCACCAGAUGCUUUCCAAGGACUACGCUCUCUGAAUUCCCUUGUUCUCUAUGGAAAUAAAAUCACAGAACUCCCAAAAAGUUUAUUUGAAGGACUGUUUUCCCUACAGCUACUAUUAUUGAAUGCCAACAAGAUAAACUGCCUUCGGGUAGAUGCUUUUCAGGAUCUGCACAACCUGAACCUUCUCUCCUUAUAUGACAACAAGCUUCAGACCAUCGCCAAGGGGACCUUUUCACCUCUCCGGGCCAUUCAAACUAUGCAUUUGGCCCAGAACCCCUUUAUUUGUGACUGCCAUCUCAAGUGGCUGGCCGAUUACCUCCAUACCAACCCAAUUGAGACCAGUGGCGCGCGCUGCACCAGCCCCCGGCGUCUGGCCAACAAAAGAAUCGGACAGAUCAAAAGCAAGAAGUUCCGUUGUUCAGCUAAAGAACAGUAUUUCAUUCCAGGUACGGAAGAUUAUCGAUCAAAAUUAAGUGGAGACUGCUUUGCCGAUUUGGCCUGCCCUGAAAAGUGCCGCUGUGAGGGGACCACGGUAGAUUGCUCCAAUCAAAAACUCUCCAAAAUCCCAGACCACAUUCCCCAGUACACUGCAGAGCUGCGCCUCAAUAAUAAUGAAUUUACAGUAUUGGAAGCUACAGGAAUCUUCAAGAAACUUCCUCAAUUACGUAAAAUAAAUUUUAGCAACAAUAAGAUCACAGACAUCGAAGAGGGAGCAUUUGAAGGAGCAUCUGGUGUAAAUGAAAUACUUCUCACGAGUAAUCGUUUGGAAAAUGUUCAGUAUAAGAUGUUCAAGGGAUUGGAAAGCCUCAAAACUUUGAUGUUGAGAAGUAACCGCAUAAGCUGUGUAGGGAACGACAGUUUCAUAGGACUCAGCUCUGUGCGUUUGCUUUCUUUAUAUGAUAAUCAAAUUACUACGAUUGCACCAGGAGCUUUUGAUACUCUCCAUUCUUUGUCUACUCUAAACCUCUUGGCCAAUCCUUUUAACUGUAACUGCUACCUGGCUUGGUUGGGAGAAUGGCUCAGGAAGAAAAGGAUUGUAACGGGAAAUCCUCGAUGUCAGAAACCCUACUUCCUCAAAGAAAUCCCCAUCCAGGACGUCGCCAUUCAAGACUUCACUUGUGAUGAUGGAAAUGAUGACAAUAGUUGUUCCCCACUCUCUCGCUGUCCUACGGAGUGUACCUGCUUGGACACAGUCGUCCGAUGUAGCAACAAAGCCUUGAAAGUCUUGCCCAAAGGUAUUCCAAGAGACGUCACAGAAUUGUAUCUGGAUGGGAACCAGUUUACCCUGGUUCCUAAGGAACUGUCUAACUACAAACAUUUAACACUGAUAGACUUAAGUAACAACCGAAUAAGCACCCUUUCCAAUCAGAGCUUCAGUAACAUGACCCAGCUCCUCACCUUAAUUCUUAGCUACAACCGUUUGAGAUGUCUUCCUCCUCGAACCUUCGAUGGACUGAAGUCUCUUCGAUUGCUUUCUUUACAUGGAAAUGACAUUUCUGUUGUGCCUGAAGGUGCUUUCAAUGAUCUUUCUGCAUUAUCACACCUAGCAAUUGGAGCCAACCCUCUUUACUGUGAUUGUAACAUGCAGUGGUUAUCCGACUGGGUCAAGUCGGAAUACAAGGAGCCAGGAAUCGCUCGCUGUGCUGGUCCUGGAGAAAUGGCAGACAAACUAUUACUCACAACUCCCUCCAAAAAAUUUACAUGUCAAGGUCCUGUGGAUGUCAGUAUUCUAGCUAAGUGUAAUCCCUGCUUAUCGAAUCCAUGCAAAAAUGAUGGCACCUGUAACAAUGAUCCAGUUGACUUUUAUCGCUGCACCUGUCCUUAUGGUUUCAAGGGGCAGGACUGUGAUGUCCCAAUUCAUGCAUGCAUCAGUAACCCAUGUAAGCAUGGAGGAACUUGCCACUUAAAAGAAGGAGAAAAAGAUGGAUUCUGGUGUAUUUGUGCUGAUGGAUUUGAAGGGGAAAAUUGUGAAAUCAAUGUUGAUGACUGCGAAGAUAAUGACUGUGAAAAUAACUCUACGUGUGUCGAUGGAAUUAAUAACUACACGUGCCUUUGCCCACCUGAGUACACAGGUGAGUUGUGUGAGGAGAAACUGGACUUCUGUGCCCAGGACCUGAACCCCUGCCAGCACGACUCCAAGUGCAUCCUGACGCCAAAGGGAUUCAAAUGCGACUGCACACCAGGCUACAUAGGUGAACACUGUGACAUUGACUUUGACGACUGCCAAGAUAACAAGUGUAAAAAUGGGGCCCACUGCACCGACGCAGUGAACGGCUAUACAUGCAUCUGCCCCGAAGGUUACAGUGGCUUGUUUUGUGAGUUUUCUCCACCCAUGGUCCUCCCUCGUACCAGUCCCUGUGAUAAUUUUGAUUGUCAGAAUGGAGCUCAGUGCAUCAUCCGACUAAAUGAGCCAAUAUGUCAAUGUUUACCUGGAUACCAGGGCGAGAAGUGUGAAAAACUGGUCAGUGUGAACUUUGUAAACAAAGAGUCUUAUCUUCAAAUCCCUUCCGCCAAGGUUCGGCCUCAAACAAACAUCACUCUUCAGAUUGCCACAGAUGAGGACAGUGGGAUCCUCCUGUACAAGGGUGACAAAGACCAUAUUGCCGUUGAGCUCUACCGGGGACGUGUCCGCGCCAGCUACGACACCGGUUCCCACCCGGCCUCUGCCAUUUACAGCGUGGAGACGAUCAACGAUGGAAAUUUUCACAUUGUGGAACUACUCGCCCUGGAUCAAAGUCUCUCCCUCUCUGUGGAUGGAGGGAGCCCCAAGAUCAUUACCAACUUGUCCAAACAGUCCACUCUGAAUUUUGACUCCCCACUUUAUGUUGGAGGCAUGCCAGGGAAGAACAACGUGGCAGCAGCUCUGCGCCAGGCCCCUGGGCACAACGGCACCAGCUUCCAUGGCUGUAUCCGGAACCUUUACAUCAACAGCGAGCUGCAGGACUUCCGGAAGGUGCCCAUGCAGACGGGCAUCCUGCCUGGCUGUGAGCCAUGCCACAAGAAGGUGUGUGCCCAUGGCACCUGCCAGCCCAGCAGCCAGUCCGGCUUUACCUGCGAAUGCGAGGAAGGAUGGACGGGGCCCCUCUGUGACCAGAGGACCAACGACCCCUGUGUUGGAAAUAAGUGCGUCCAUGGCACCUGCCUGCCCAUCAACGCCUUCUCCUACAGCUGCAAGUGCCUGGAGGGCCAUGGGGGUGUCCUCUGUGAUGAAGAGGAGGAUCUAGUUAACCCCUGCCAGGCGAUCAGUUGUAAGCAUGGGAAAUGCAGGCUCUCAGGACUGGGCAGCCAGUACUGUGAAUGCAGCAGUGGAUACACUGGGGACAGCUGUGAUCGAGAAAUCUCUUGUCGAGGGGAACGGAUAAGGGAUUACUACCAAAAGCAGCAGGGCUAUGCCGCUUGCCAAACCACCAAGAAGGUCUCCAGGUUGGAGUGCAGGGGCGGGUGCGCCGGAGGGCAGUGCUGCCGGCCGCUGAGGAGCAAGCGCAGGAAAUACUCUUUCGAGUGCACGGAUGGGUCGUCGUUUGUGGACGAGGUUGAGAAGGUGGUGAAGUGCGGCUGUAGCCACUGCACCUCCUAAGCGAACCCCCGGAGGCUCUGGUCCUUGGAGAAUGUCGCAUCCUUCUUGACCCUGUCGGACUCAUGAAUGCUUCAUAGUGGAAAUAUUUGAAAUAUAUUGUAAAAUACAGAACAGACUUAUUUUUAUUAUGAGAAUGAAGACUUUUUUUUUUCUGCAUUGAGGAAAAAAAGAAAAAAAAAAUGCUCGAACUCACAAAGCUUCCCGGAGGCUGGAGAAGUAGGAAGAAAGAUAGACCUGAAGGCGUUAGAGCAACGAUGUAACAUGCUGAAGACCAGCAGAAGCACAGACACAGGGAGAGACGAGGGCCCCUGUGCGGACGUGACGUUGCCCAGAGCCCAGCGCUGCUCUGGUUCACGUCCACGAGGUCCACGAGGUCCACGAGGUCCACGGGGCCAGACCAAGCACAUGACUGGGAGGGAGGGUGCCCCGCAGAAGACUGGAACUCCAGAAUCCACAGCCAGAAUGAAUGGAUGGGAAAUAUUUUGUGCAAAAGAAAAAGUGUCCUGAAGACCUGGGUUCCAUUCGUGAGAGAAGACAGUGCUGAAAUCCAUGUUAUCUUCUUUUUCAAUGUCAGCAUGUUAGCAGGAGAAGCACACAAAAGUGUUUAUCUACCGUUUUCCAGUAUUAAUUUUUUUUGUAAUAUAAAUGACAAAGGAGAUGAUAAAGAACCGAUAGAUUAUUGAUAAAUAAAUUAGUAAUAAUAUGAAUUUUUGUUUCUAUGAGUUCUAAACAGCCCUAUACAGUAUUCGGUUUCAAUGAGAAAUAUUUAUUGUAUCAAAGUACAUUGUACUUAACCUCUUAGGCCAUCCUUUUGCUGUUUCUCAAUGCUUUAAUAUAUAUUAAUUUAUAAUUGU